UCAUCAUCCAAAUAUUUUUUUCUUUCUAAAAAUUUUAUAACGAACACAAGUGUUGCGGACAACAAAAAAAAAGUGCUGUGAAAAAGAAGAACAAAUAAUAAAUUAAGAAAUAAAUAUUCGAAUUUAUAAAAUACGAAUUAAUUAAAAUCAAUUGAAAACUGAAACUGAAUUGGCUGGAGUUUAAUGCUGUGUACACAAAGUGGAACAGACUGCUGUGUUGGUUCAUACAAUCGAAUUGUGGCAUAGUGGAUUUUGUCGCUGGAGUAGGCAAGAAUUAUAAUUAUAACGAAAACAACAACAACAAGAACAAUAGAAAACAACACCAACAGAAAACGCAUAGAAAGCAUUUUUUUACACAAAUAAUUCCAUUUUAUUUAUUGAAUGCUAGAAUUAAAAAUAAACGUAUCGAGAGUUCAUCCAUACAUAAUACUUUUGCAAAAGUCACAAGAUUCAAACAGCGGCCUCGAUUAGAGGAGAACGAACAAAAAAAGUAAUUUAUUAACCACAGACAUAGAAGAAGAAGAAGAUUAAUAUCAUUCAUAUCUAUUUUGUGGUUAUGUUAUUAUUCGUCUGGUUCUCCCAUUUGUUGCCAAUAUUCAAUAUUACAAAAUAAUUAUUUCUGUCUGACUAUAAAACGCUGUGAAAACUCGAAUAUAAAUCGAAUUUAAAAAUUUAACUGAGAUUUUUAUCAAUUGCCAUGAACACAAUGGGCAUCUCAACAGAUCCUGGUCUAUUAGACGUUGAAUUGCCUCGCACACUCAUCGAAUCACCAUCGGUAUCAACGUUUUUACCAGAAGAAGAAGCCUCUAUUUGUCCAUUGCUUUCGUCCAAUACAAAUGGCACCACAACACCAAUGACUUUUUCCCACCCACUCACACCGUGCAUUGACAAUGAUAACGACAGCAAUACUUCGGCGAAUCUAUGUAAUGAGGAUGCCAAGGUCGAAACAAGUUCAUCGUCAGGCAGCAGCUCCGGCAUAGGUAUGAGUGUUCCGGAUGCAACGUCAACUGCACUCUUUAACAAACACUCGUACAAACAUCUGCAAAAGAACAAUUCAUCAGUCCAGGAUUCAAAUGGCCAUGGACCCAAUGGAAAUCUACAGCUUACGAAUGACACACCGUCAUUUGUAUCCUGGAAUUGGCCUGUAAUACGUAAAUGUACAUUUUUCGUAUUCAUGUCCAGUUUGCUGGCCAUGUGUGCCGUAGUGGUGACCAUGAUUGUAACAUUACCGAAGACCUGUAAUCCUAGAACCUCUUGGUAUCGUGGAAGUGUUUUUUACGAAAUCUUCCCUGCUAGUUAUCAAGAUUCAGAUAAUGAUGGCAUUGGUGAUUUGCGUGGCAUUGUCAAGAGUAGCGACUAUCUGAAAUCAUUGGGCGUUUCAGCCAUACGUCUCAAUUCUAUAUUUCCAUCUACCGAAUAUCCCGAUAAUUAUGAAAAUAUUACUUCGCUAAUGGAGGUUUCGCAUGUUUUAGGCAAUUUGGAUGACAUGCAUCAACUAAGCCAGUCUCUGCAUGCUCGAAAUAUUUCGCUAAUUUUGGACAUACCAUUGUUUCCCAUCUUAAGAGUAUUGGGUAAAUCUGAUGGAGCUGAAAUGGUCAAGGUUUUGGAAAGCACACAAAUAAAUUACUCUGAAGCCGAGUCAGUUUCAACCACAACAGCUAGGCCGAUUAUUACCGAGAAUACUAUAACUCAGGCCCUUCAACACUGGGUGAAACUUGGGGUGGAUGGCUUUUAUAUAAAGGGCCUUGAGAAUUUUGAUGAUCUUGAGGAUUUAUCGUACCAUUUAGCAGAAUGGAAAGAUAUCAUUGGUCCAAAUCGUGUGUUAAUUGUGAAUGAGAAAAUAUUCGAAAAGUUACGGGGACCGCAGAGAAAAUUGGCUCUUUCACAUGUUGAUCUGGUGGAUGUCCACUUGAAUAUUUUCAAUGGUACACAAUAUUUGGAAAAUCGUAUAAACUCCGUACUUACUUCCGAUUUGGGACCCAGUGAAACCGGAGUAUGGAUUCACUGGUCAUUGUCCGGUGUUGACAGACAACGACUCACAAGCAACAAACAAAGCGCCAAUUAUACCUUGGCAGCCACUAUUAUGCAACUAAUGCUACCCGGUACUCCAAACCUGUUUUAUGGCGACGAAAUUGCUCUUCAAGCUGCUCACGAUCAACUCAAUGAACACAAUGAAACCAAGCAUUUGCAUCAUUUGGCCACCAUGCAAUAUCCCCUCAACUUUACCCAACAAUUUACGAAUCGCGAAACACUUCCCUGGUUGCCGAAAUCACCACUAGCACAAUUAGACACAUUCGUUCUCAUAUCAAAGAUGGUGCAUUUACGAGAUCGGUCUCCUUCCAUCUACAAAAAUUCCAUUUGUAAAGCGGAAACAACUCUUCCCAACACAGUGAUAAGACGCAGUAACGAUGACAUCUUAAUUGUGGAACGCACCUAUCCACGUCGCAAUACCUUUGUAUCUGUCACGAAUUUUGGUCAGAAACGUUUGACCAUGGAUAUGACAUCCAUGUACUACAGUGGCCAUAUUAUGCUGGAGACGGUCGAUAGUGAUAAAAUAUUUUUUGGAGAUUUUAAAAUCGGCUCAAUCGAGAGCAUUGUGGUUAGAUUGGAUAAAUAGAGAAAUGUAGAGAUUCUACAAUUGAAAACCACCGUAAAAUGUACUUAGAAUUGUUAUAAAUCAUUAUUUGUUAUACAUAGUAGAUACUUACGUACUUACACACAGACAUAAAUAUUUCAGUUAUUUUUUAAAAAAUAAACAAAAUUGUACUUUAAUAAAAAA